AUGGCAGAUCAUUUGUUUUCCCCUGACGUGCCUCAAAAGCCCCUCCGGUUCGAAUAUGAUGGCCCGCUAUACGACGGACGCGAUUGGGAAGCCUACCCUUACCGCAGUGGGUGGCUGGACGAAUCCAACGGCGUCACGUUUGCCUCCAACGCUGUUCCGCCGGAAUAUCGAUCGCGAAUGCAUUGCUGGCUCUACUUUGGCGUGCUGCACCAUGUCUUUGGUGAUCAGCUGGACCAGUCUGACUUUCUUCUCCGCGAGGCUACAGAAGGCGAGAAGCAGUACAUCACGACUCGACAACUGGAGAAAUAUGUUGGCAAUGCCGAUGACUGGGAGAAUAAUGAUCGCGGGGCCCGAUGCUUGUGGAUCAUCCCCAAAGUCCUCUUAAGCCUUUCCAAAUAUAAGCUCUGGAUAGGCGAGGACAUCUUUAUGGCAAUUCGGCUGCUUGCCCUGGCCCUCUGGAACGUUGCCGUCAAGCGCGGUGGCGAGCAGCCCACUCCGCGCAAUUCGGGGUUCUUGUUUCUUAAUCUAAAGGAAGAGGAGAAGCUAAUCCACGAUGGAUGGUGUCCGGUCGAUGUAGCGAGAUGUAGUAAGGCCGGUAUGCAGUUGGACGCCCAGGUGUAUCUAAUGCAACUGGCUCGUUCCAAGCCCAGCUGGUAUAAUCGAACGCAUGACUCUUGUCAGACGACGGAAUGCGUGGCGGACAAUAUAGAUGAGAGGACUUAUAUCACUCGUCACGUCCAGCAGGAUUGCAACUGUUUGCAUGUCGGUUCAGAUAUUGAACAAUUACAUGCCAUCCUUCAAAGCGGACACAUCCCGGUUGUGAGGAUAACACCCCGUGGAAAGGAUGAGUUCGGAAAUAGGAAGUUUGACAUUAAGGUGGUCAAAAACCACAGCAGCCAGCCAUACGUGGCUGUCUCACAUGUAUGGGCUGAUGGACUAGGCAAUCCCCAUGCUAAUUCGCUCCCGCACUGCCAGUUAGAAUUUAUAUAUGACCAUGCAAGGCCCCUUCUUCGCAAGAAAGAAUAUAUUCCUCAUUACAAAGAGAAGACAUUUGGAGUACUGCAUAGUGGUGCCUCUCGAAUUGCGCAUUUCGCAGCGACUGCCACCCAGCGCGGAGACGAUUCUGUACUUGUCUGGAUGGACACAUUGUGUAUUCCCCAUCAAGAUGAUAUUCGCAACUUGGCAAUCCAACGCAUUCGCGAUGUUUAUACUGGUGCCUAUCGGACGAUGAUAAUUGACUCAAGCAUGAUGAUGGUCGAGUCCCGCUCAUGUACCAAGCUGGAGAUUUGUCUGAGAGUUUUGUACUGCUCAGGUUGGAUUCGCCGGUUAUGGACGCUUCAGGAAGCACUUGCCUCCGAGGAGAGACUAUACGUGCUUUUGGCAGAUAAGCCAGUCAACGUCAGUUCAAUCAACGAGGAGCUAGUGACAAAGGUCGACAGAGGAGAACUCCCGAUUCUUCAAGAAGGAAUGGCUACGCUGGCUGCAGGGGCCUGGUACAUAUACUUUCAACAGGCACAGCGCCAUAAGUCUGGCGUCGGCCGCAUGCUCUACGGGAGUACCCCAGAUCAGAUCAUCGAGGGGACCUGGUUCAAUGUGGCCGCACGAGCAUCCAGCAAGGACCGUGAUCGAGCGACCGUCCUAGCCAGUGUUUUAGACCUGGAUCUUCAGAAAAUCCUCGAGGUAAAGGAACCUGAAGAGCGCAUGCGCAGACUGUAUGGUAUGCUUGAACGGUUCCCCCAAGACGUGUUGUUUCUUGAGGGACCCCGGUUUGAAGACGAGGGAAUGGGCUGGGCAAUGCGAGUCUGUCGAUUUACCGGUUCCUUCUCCCCGCUCUACCAUGAUGGCGGGAAAAUUACGCCUCGGGGGCUCGAGGUCUCUCUGUAUUCUUCACUGGUCUAUCCGUCUUGCAGGUUCUGGGAUAUGAACAAGUUCUUCGACUCUGACGAGUGCCAGAGGCGAAAGGACUUGGAGAGGUGGAUUGAUGACUCUCAGUUUGAUCGGACGCAGCCUGCAACAGGCACGAAAGUCUUCCACUUGGAGACAGCAGCGCCGCUAGAGCUCGGCGGGGGUGCAACGUAUGGGAUUAUCAUGCUCGAGGUCAAACUGGAUGUGAUCAGCCGCUGUGCAGUAGUGUCGUUGCAGACCACUGAAGAUGGUGCCUACCACGCACGGUAUGUUUCAUCGGGGUACGUACACGCGCAAAUUCUGGAUAUGCGCGAUCCAAACUUGUUUGGCUACACGAUCAGAGGCACCUGGGAUGAUGCAGAGAAGCGGACGUGGAUUGUGGGUUAA